UGUCUUUUGUUUAUAGGUUAGUUUUUAUUUUUUUUUAGUGGAAUGAGCCAGAGAUUUUAUUUGUUAAUAUCAAAUAUGUAAUUUAGCUACUCAAAUAUGCAAAUGUGAUAAGCAUUACUUAAAAUGCACCUCCAGUAGUCAAUAACAUGAUAACAAGAUGUGUUCGAAUUAUUUGUGCUUUAGUUAUCUGCGUUGCCGUAUAUUUUCCGGCAAGACACGCACGACAUUACGAAUAUAUCCCUUUAAAAAAGGUAAUUCAAGAAUUAACUUUCGUCGAUGGUACACCGCAUUCUGAGAAUCAUUUAAGAAAUUGCUCGUAUGAAGAUCUCAUUUUGAAAAGCAAAGAAGUUCCAGUAAGUGAUAUAACAAAACCAAAAAAAUUUGAACUACCUUUACGUGGUGGAGAGUAUAUUCCAAGACAGUGUAAUUCAAUAAUUAAAACAGCUAUCGUCGUGCCAUAUAGAAACAGGUCAGAGCAACUACAAAUAUUUUUAAAUUAUAUGCAUUCGUUUCUGCAGCAGCAAAGUAUCCAUUAUAAACUUUUUGUAGUUGAACAAAACAAUUCUUUACCUUUUAAUAGAGCGCAAAUGAUCAACUAUGGCGCCAGUGUUGCUAUAAGCCUGAAUUAUCCCUGUCUUGUUUUACAUGAUGUGGAUCUGAUUCCUUUAUCUACAGGAAAUAUAUAUGCAUGUUCUGAAAGACCUAGACAUAUGUCCAGCAGUUUGGACACCUUUAGAUACAACUUACCAUAUCUAACGCUAUUUGGAGGAGCAAUUGCCAUUUUAUCUCAACAGUACGAAGAAGUUAAUGGAAUGUCAAAUUUAUUUUUCGGAUGGGGCGGCGAAGAUGACGAUUUUUACACUCGACUCAUAUCACACAACUUGUUUCCUUAUAGAUUCGACCCGGAAAUUAGUCGAUAUUCAAUGUUGUUUCAUAGAAAACAGCCAAAGAACGAAGAGAGAUACGAAACGUUAAAAAAAUCGCUAAAAGAAAAUAAAAAUGACGGUUUGAAUAAUCUUCACAGGAAAUAUUACAUUGUACAGGAAGAUCUGUUUACUCGAAUUGUUGUUUUUUAGAUAGGAGUUAUUUAUUUUAUAUUUUUAAGCUUUUUAAAAUUUCCUAAAGGCCAAUUGUACUUUUAUGUUUUUUUUUUCUGUGAUCAAUUUAGUUUCUAUAUCAGUGAUAUGAUUAAACCAAAAAUUUUCUAUUUAUAAAGUGUUUAUUAAAUAUGUAAAGCACCGUUUACACUGGAAGUUUUACCUGGGAUUGUGUAAAUUAUAGCAUUGUAUUUAGUGAAGUUGAAUAGAAAUUGUUUAAAUUUAAUUCCUAAACAGCUCACUUCAAUUCAGUUCAAGUGAAACGUCCGAUUUUUCGUCUUCACACAAGGUUUUACUUGAUGAAUUUUGACUGAACAGGGGUAAAACCAACAGAUAAAACGUGAUGUGUAGACUUGGCUUAACAAGUCGCCUGUACACAAGGACAAGAAAACUGACAUAACUCAAAAUUACCGGUUUUACAGGAGAAAAAAGUUAAAGUUUCUCCAGAUGGUUUAAAUUUUUUAUAAUUUGUAAAAUAUGGAACAUUUUUUGGUUUCACCAAUUCUAUUUCUGAUAAAAAUACCUACAUAUCCAUUGGACUCAUUUUAUAUCAAAAUUGAUAAAAGUGACUUUUUUGAGUUGUAUCGCAUUUCUUCUGUACAGGCGAAGUAUGAUUUUUGUGAAGUGUGGUUAAAUGAACUAAAAUCCGCCAUAUUAACCCCCCAUCGUGCUAAAUUUGUUGAUAUGUUCCUUCCCUUAGUCUUUUUAUUCAUAAAAUUAAAACAAAACCUGUUCAAAUUAUAAGAUCUGAUCGGUAAGCGGUAACAUCAAAUUAGAGGGUUCUCAUAUUAAAUUAUGUUAAACAUAGUUAUCAUUUUGUGAUUCAUCUUAUUUAUUUCAUCUUGUGUAAAGUCUGUCCGACGUGAGAUUUCGACAGACGACAUCCGACAUCCAAAAAUGACAGAAAAUUAAUUUUACUCGCGAAUUAAAAUGACUGUCUUAUAUCUCGGACAGAUUUCGAUAAUAGUUUAAGUAAUUAGCAAAUAAAAACUAUUGUUUUGCAUCAAAACUAUUUAUGUAGACUUGAAUUUGUUUAUAAUGCUCAAUUAGAUAAUACUGUUUACAUCAGUUGAGUCACGAAUUGUAGAUAGUUACAACAAAAUUAAAACGAUGAUGUA